AUGGGGAAACUUAUAGCUGAUCUCAAGAUAUGGGAAAGAAGAAUGCGUCUUCGCGAACAUUUUUUCGAAGAAAACAAGGAAAAAGAAAAUUACCAAAACGAGUAUACUAAAUUCAAAAAAUCAAGUACGUUCACACCCUCCGCAGGAAAAGAAAGAUGGUUAGAUGAGUAUAUACAAACCGUAAAAGAUGAAAUUUUAAGUAGAUUAAGUCGAAAAUUCAAAAUGAAUAUAACUAUUGAAGAAGAAAAAGCAAUGCGGGAACUUUUGUAUGAUACAAGCAUCGUGAUACGACCAAGCGACAAAUCAUCCGGAGUUGUAAUAAUGAACACAGAAGAUUAUAAAUUAGAGGUAGAAAAAGAAUUAGAUAACAACGAUACGUACACAGCAAUAGAUAAAGAUCUAACACAGAAAAAUGAAAAUAAAGUAAAAAGACUCGUAGAAAAUUUAUGUAAAAGAGAAAUAAUAGAUAAAGACAUGAAAAAAUAUCUCUUACCGAAAGGAACAUGUCCCGGAAAGGUACAAGCUAAUCCGAAAUUACACAAACAAAAUCACCCAGUUAGAACAAUUAUUAAUGGGCGGAACCAUCCCACAGAAAAAAUCGCGGAAAUAGUCGAAAACGAGCUUUCGGAGAAUGUUCGGAACUUGCCCACGUAUAUCAAAGACACAACAGAUUUUUUAAACAAAUUAAAUGCAAUGCAACUGCCUUUACCAGACAACGCAAUAAUGUUUUGUUUAGAUGUAACUAAAUUAUAUCCAAGCGUACCAAGAAAAGAAGCACGAGAAGCAUGUAAAUCAGCACUAGAAAAUCGAACAAACACAUCAAUCCCAACUGAAGAUGUUCUUAAAAUGAUGGAUUUAGUCAUUGAAAAUAAUAAUUUUAGCUUCAACGGAAAGCACUUUUUACAAACUGAAGGAACAGCUAUUGGUUCCCAUCUAGGCAUGAAUUAUGCUUGCACCUACCUCGGACAAUGGGAAGAAAAUUUAUUUCAAAACAGCAAUUUACAACCAUUUUCAUAUUGGAGAUAUGUUGAUGACAUCUGGGGGAUAUGGGAACAUGGUUUAGAUGAAUUAAAAAAAUUUCACGAAAUGUCAAACAGUUUGCAUCCGCGAAUUAUAACAGAAAUGCGUUACUCAACUGAAAAAAUUGAAUUUCUUGAUGUGUUUGUACACAUAGAAAACGGACAACUUAAAACAGAUCUUUAUACAAAAUCAACAGAUAAACACCAAUACUUACAUGUGUCGUCAAGCCAUCCAAACUCUGUAAAAAAUGCUAUACCAUAUAGACUCGGGAUUCGUGUCAAAAGAAUUUGCUCAACAGAAGAAGAUUACAAAACAAGAAGAGAAGAAAUAAAAACGCACCUAAAAGAACGUGGAUACAAUAACUCGUCCACUGAAGUUCAAUUGAAGAAAGUCGACAAAUUAAACCGAGAAGAUCUAUUUAAGUACAAACAGAAGAAAGAAAACAACAGGGUACCUUUAGUAAUUACUUUUUCCAAUGCGCUUCCAAAUGUACAUUCCAUUCUUAGAAAAAAUCUUAAAAUUCUCCAUCAAUCCGAAAGACUAAAGAAAAUAUUUCCCGAUCCGCCUAUCGUGGCAUUUAAACGUGAUAACAACAUAAAAGACAUCUUAGUACACAAAAAGCAUAAUUUAUUAUUUUAUAAGCAAACUAAUGGAUGUGGACCAUGUGGUAAACAAUGUGCACUAUGCUCACAUUUAAAUGAAACCAAGGUAUUUUGUGACAACACCGGCAAAGAAUAUACCAUUCAGGGACAAAUAAAUUGUAAAACCGUAGGCGUGAUAUAUGCGAUUAAUUGUUAA